AAAAAGAAAAAAAAAUUAGAAGAAAAAAAAAAAAAGAAUAAAAGGGAAAAAAAGCCAAAAAACGGCAGAAGGGAAAAGGACGGAGGAGGAGGAGACGAGGAGACGAGGCCGCAUGGUGCCGUGACGGGCCGGGGAACAUGAAGCGGCGGAGCGCGGAGUGCAGCAAGUUGAGGAGACCGCUGAGGAGGAACCGCAUCGCUGAGGGGAUUUACGGCAGUACCUUCCUGUACCUGAAGUUCCUGGUGGUUUGGGCGCUGGUGCUGUUAGCAGACUUUGUCCUGGAGUUCAGAUUUGAGUAUCUGUGGCCCUUCUGGCUCUUCAUCAGGAGCGUUUACGAUUCCUUCAGAUACCAGGGCUUGGCUUUUUCAGUGUUUUUUGUUUGUGUGGCGUUCACAUCAAAUAUAAUAUGUCUGCUCUUCAUCCCGAUACAAUGGCUGUUCUUUGCUGCCAGCACGUAUGUGUGGGUACAGUAUGUCUGGCACACAGAGAGGGGUGUGUGUCUACCAACAGUAUCACUGUGGAUACUCUUUGUUUAUAUCGAAGCAGCAAUUAGAUUUAAAGAUUUAAAGAACUUCCAUGUGGACCUUUGCCGUCCCUUCGCAGCACACUGCAUUGGUUACCCUGUCGUCAGUUUGGGCUUUGGCUUUAAAAGCUACGUCAGCUACAAAAUGCGUUUAAGAAAACAGAAAGAAGUGCAGAAAGAGAACGAGUUCUACAUGCAGCUCCUGCAGCAAGCACUGCCCCCGGAGCAGCAGAUGCUGCAGCGACAGGAGAGGGAGGCAGAGGAAGCCAAAGGUUUAUCUGAGAUGGAUUCCUCGAUGCUUUUGCAGCACAAUGGAGGCAUUCCAGCAAAUAAGAAGUUAUCUGCAACAUUACCAGAGCUGGAAUAUAGAGAAAAAGGGAAAGAAAAGGACAAGGAUGCUAAGAAACACAACCUUGGAAUCAAUAACAACAUAUUGCAACCUGUAGACUCUAAAAUACAAGAGAUCGAAUAUAUGGAAAACCAUAUCAAUAGUAAAAGGUUAAAUAACGACCUUGUAGGAAGUACAGAAAACCUCUUAAAGGAGGACUCAUGCACUGCCUCGUCCAAAAACUACAAAAAUGUCAGUGGGGUUGUGAACUCCUCCCCCCGCAGCCACAGUGCGACCAAUGGGAGCAUCCCUUCAGCAUCCACUAAGAAUGAGAAGAAACAGAAGUGUCCGAGCAAGAGCCCGAGCGCACAUAAGGACUUAAUGGAGAACUGUAUUCCCAAUAACCAGCUCAGCAAACCAGAUGCGUUGGUGAGGUUGGAACAAGACAUUAAAAAGUUAAAGGCUGACCUGCAAGCAAGCAGGCAGAUCGAGCAGGAGCUGCGCAGCCAGAUCAGCUCUUUGAGUAACACAGAGCGGGGAAUUCGGUCUGAGAUCGGACAGCUCCGGCAGGAAAACGAACUGCUCCAGAACAAAUUGCACAAUGCUGUACAAAUGAAACAAAAAGACAAGCAGAUGAUCAGCCAGCUGGAGAAGAAACUGAAGGCAGAGCAAGAGGCAAGAGCCUUCGUAGAAAAACAGCUCAUGGAAGAAAAGAAGAGAAAGAAGUUGGAAGAAGCCACCGCUGCACGUGCUGUUGCAUUUGCUGCUGCUACAAGAGGAGAAUGUACCGAAACUUUAAGGAAUCGAAUCCGAGAGCUGGAGACAGAGUGCAAGAAGCUGACCAUUGACAUCAAGCUGAAAGAAGAUCAGAUACGAGAGCUAGAAAUGAAAGUUCAGGAACUGAGGAAGUACAAGGAAAACGAGAAGGAUACGGAGGUGUUGAUGUCAGCACUUUCAGCCAUGCAGGAUAAAACACAGCACUUAGAGAACAGCCUGAGCGCAGAGACACGGAUCAAGCUGGAUCUUUUCUCUGCAUUAGGAGAUGCAAAACGGCAGCUCGAGAUUGCCCAAGGGCAAAUCAUUCAGAAAGAUCAGGAAAUCAAGGAGCUAAAACAGAAGAUUGCCGAAGUGAUGGCGGUGAUGCCCAGCAUAACCUACACCGCAGCCACCAGCACGCUGAGCCCCGUUUCCCCACAUUAUUCUUCCAAAUUUGUGGAGACCAGCCCUUCUGGACUUGAUCCCAACGCCUCCGUUUAUCAGCCCAUGAAGAAAUGAAUGCCAACUCUUGGUUUUGCCCGGUGACGUUGUCGUACCGAAGGCUUCACACAGGAGCGUCUCUUUGCAGUCCGAGAUGAAAUCGUAUCGUGUGAGACUGUUAUUUGUUGUCAUUAAAAACAAGAAAAAAAACAUAAAAAAAAAAAUAAUAAACCCAUCACCCAUCUGGAUCGACCGGAGCUGAACAUCAGUUUUUUCUUGUAAAUUUUUAGAGAACCUCACAGAACUUUGCAAUUUAUUUUCCUUGGCCAAUGCAUUAAAAACAAUUCUUGGUUUUCAAGUAGCCAAUUUUUGCCUUCUUAUGUACUUGUGCAUGGUUUCCUCUUGAAAAUACAGGGCUUUGCUUGGUUUGGAACCCUUUCUUCUCCUGUUGUUUUAUUUUAUUUUAACGAUUGAGUUGAAUUUGCCAAUCAGAUCCAUUGAGUGAGGGAAAACCUUUUUGUUUUGCCAGUGAAAGGGUGAAAUAAUCCAACAAAGCUUUGAUUGCUAGAUGUGUUAAAUACAAGCAUACGGUGUUGAGGAAGAGAAUUUGAGUCCCCCCCCCUCCGAGGACCAAACAAAAUUCAGGGGUGUUGUUUAAGGGAAAGGAGGAGGAAAUGGGUGAGGUGGUCGUUGUGUGAAUUAUUUAUGCUCCCAUUGGUGUCUCUGGUCAUUGAGAACUGCUGACAGUCUUGUUCACAGUGCCUUGGGAAAAGACAUUUCAAGAGGAAACUUGAUAGUUUAUAAACUAUUUUUCCCCCCUUCGCUGUCAUCUAGCUUUAUAUCAAGCUCAUUACAGAGUCUGCUGCAAAUUGUACAUGGUAAUUUGGAUGUUCAUUAUAAACCAAGGUUCCACCUCCUGUUCAUUUCGAUAGAAACUCAGCAGUGUUCUGUAACUUGCCUUGAUACAGCAUCACAGAAGGCACAAUAUUAACCCAGGAAGCGUUGUGAAGGCAGAGCUGUGCAAUGUACUGUAUACAAGAGACUGUAAAGCUGGCUAAUAAAAGCUGCAGUUCUGGUUUUUUUUUUUA